GCGCAGCGUCGCCGAGGCCUGAAGGUCUUCCCGAUGUGUGGCAGUGCUGGACCCCGAACCUGGUUGCGUCUUUCGAGCCCUGUUGGGACUCUCAACACCCCAAACGGGCUGCUAGAUGGCCUGCCGAGGAGGAUGUGUCCGUGGUGGCGUGGUGCUUUAACGACCCAUAAUAAUCCUUAGUAAGAGACAACCAAGAGGUGGUAGGGUUGUGAAGUCACCAGGGACAGGGCCAGCUCUUGAUCCCCACGAGAGGAGACAGCCUUUUAUUCCACGAGUAUUGUGGUGGACUCACCACGACCCGCCUGCCACCUAUUAUUGUACGGCCUGCUAACUGAGAAUGAUUUUUACCAUUUUAAAAAGGCUGAAAAGAAAUCAAAAGAAGAUUUUUGUGCCACGUGAAAGUUAUAAGAAAUUCACAUUUCGGUGUCCGUAAAGUUUUGCUAGAACACAGCCACGCUCAUUUGGCUUAUAUAUUGCCUGUGACCGCUUUCUCUUCGCCACAGCAGAGCUGAGCUGCUGUCCCCAAAGCCGAAAACAUUGACUGUCUGCACUUCACAGAAGUUCGCCGACCCCUCACCUAACAGAUUGAAUCUCCAGUGGGAGGCAAGGGCCAGAGCAUACAAGAAAUACAAGUGUGCGUUCAGUUCAAAAUAGCACAGUCUAUGUAAUAAAAUCAGUUGUAUCUUUAAGGGAAGGAAAAAAAAACUAAAAGAAAAAACUUUACAGGAGGGUCUAUGUAAAGGGAAGCUUGAAAGUUUCUGCUGGGGGUUAGUGAAAGAUAAAAGUGAUUCCAAGGGAGAGGGGCCUGGGCUGAGUAUUCGGAAAUUCUGUUUACUAAAAGGGAGCAAAGUUUAAACAAUAGUAGGAAAAGACUUCCCUGUUGUGUGGGAGAAGAUAAUCAAAAUAUCUGCUGAACAAAACAACUAAGUGAGAAGUCCUGAAACAUGUCACCGGUUUCAAAAUAUCCGACUGUUCUUUAGAUGCCCUGAGAGGUACAUUUCGUUACGUGUAUUCGAGAGUUGCUCUCUUCCUUAUAAUCUGCUGAUUUCUGCACAUACCGCUUCUGACCGUUUUGCAGUUUAGAGGCCAAAAUGUACCUCGGUUAGUAGUGGAAUACACGGAAUAAGCACAUACAAGUAGUGAAAAAAGGAUUCAGCAUCCUAUCUUACUUAGGGUAAAAAAGGUAUCAGAAGAAAUUAAAAUACUCAUUUUGGGUUUGCUCUGGGCUAUUUUAGUUUCUUCCCCCCCAUGUAAAUGACUCUGCUGUUGAGGAAAACUUUGUGCUGAGAAAAUAAAAUACAUGAGUCCAGGGAAUCAGAUGCCCCAGAUCAAAUAGGGGUUGUCUCUCCAGGGACAGCCCGUGAUUUAGUUUGUAGUUGAUCAAGCUGGUUUUCGCCUCAUGGGGUCUGUUACUACAUAUAUUUGGAGUGGGGCAAGUCUUGAUUGCUGGCUUUUAAGUGUGAUUUUAAAAUAGUUCUCAAAGUGGGCAGCAGGCAGUGUAAUAACACAAAGUGUGGAGGUGGACGGUUCCAGCCCUGCACUUGGAGUUCACCUUGGUGCUGCCCUGUGCAUCCAGUGCGGUUUUUGAAAUAAAUGACUUCUGGUAUUGCUGGGCCCACCCUCACCCCAGCACCUGUCUUGCUUUGGCUUCUCCCAGUUCCCCACCCCUCUCAGCACAUGGUCACGUGAUCGGUGCUACUAAAUUGUAGCCGACAUUUACCCAAACAGUCUUGGGCAGGCUGAGACUGCUGACUACCAUAGAAUUAAGGGCUCCUGUUUCGAUAAAAACUUGCAUUUGACUGUGGGAAUUCCCUCCUGAGCCCAAGCAAUUUUACAGGAAAUUUUACGAAGACGUGAUUUUCAAAGCUAAUUAUGAAAACAUUUGUCGUGGGAAUCAGUGGUGUGACAAAUGGCGGGAAGACAACGCUGGCUAAGAAUUUGCAGAAACACCUCCCAAACUGCAGUAUCGUAUCUCAGGAUGAUUUCUUUAAGCCAGAGUCUGAGAUAGAGAUAGACGCAAAUGGAUUUCUGCAGUAUGACGUGCUUGAAGCGCUCAAUAUGGAAAAAAUGAUGUCCACCAUUUCCUGCUGGAUGGAAAGCCAAGGACAGUCCCUGGCAUCAACAGACUCUGGAAGUGCCGAGGAAAUUCCCAUAUUGAUUGUCGAAGGCUUCCUUCUCUUUAAUUAUAAGCCCCUCGACACACUAUGGAACAGAAGCUACUUUCUGACCAUUCCGUAUGAAGAAUGUAAGAGGAGGAGGAGUAUAAAGUUUCCUGUGUGUUUUGAUAGUACGAGAGUCUACGAGCCUCCAGACACCCCAGGGUACUUUGAUGGCCACGUGUGGCCCAUGUAUCUAAAGCACAGACGAGAAAUGGCGAAGAUCACGUGGGAGAUUGUUUACCUAGAUGGAACAAAAUCUGAAGAGGACCUCUUUAAAGAAGUGUAUGAAGAUCUAAUACAAGAACUAGCAAAGCAAAAGGGUUUGCACGUGACAACGUAGAGAUGGAGUGCACUGAACCGUUCGGGGGAUGAAUUAGGAAACUCGAGGGCCUCUAUUUAAGAACCUGCACGAAGAUACAAUAUGUACUUUGGUAUGAUGACAGCUGUAGUUCGUUCGUUUGUGUUACCACAUAUGAUUUCCGCCACAUGAGGAACAGUAAAUAGGGAUCCAUGCCACUGGACGGGAAUGUACCUUGAUGAGUUGUUCUCGCUCCAAGGAGUGCAGAGAUACAGCAUUAGCUCACUAACGAGUCAGUUCCUCUAGACCAAUGAUCGUCAAACUUUUCCAAAUAGGACCAAGUACGAAAUAAGGUUUACAUCACAAUCCAGUAGAGAUGUAAUCCAUUAUGUUUGUGUGUGUCUGUGUGUGUGUAGGUAUAUAUGUGUACAAUGUGUGUAUAGAGAUACACACACAUACAAGGAUCACAAAGGAUUUACCUAAAGCAUGCUGAUAUUUUUCUAUUUUUAAUUUUUUUAUAAUCUUCAUUACCAUCCAGUACCAAUGCCUAUUUCCUGCAAAUGAAGGCUUUACCAGGAGUAGCAGUCACAUUGAGCGAAUCAACAAUUUGCUGCAAUGUCUUUUUUGUGUGGGUUCUGUCGCUGUGGCUGCUUUUCCUGUUCUUGCAUAUGUGUAAAACCACUGGGUUGUUGUGUCUCUUGUGUUGCUACUUUGUUACAAAUGGUAUAUUUUCUGUUUUAUUUUGGGUUUUGUCAAACCAUUGGUUUGAAGUCCCAGAAAUCAGUUACAGUUACUUAGAUGAUAAGUAGUACCUUUGAUUGAAAGGAAGAGACAGGAGAUCUAAAUUCUAUAAUGUUUUGAGGUCUCUUUAAAUACUGGAAUUUAAAUCAUGUAUUAUACUGAUCAACCUCUUGUUUUUUAACAAACAGAUUGCUCACAAUCCUCUCAGUCUUUACAAAUAGAAAUGUAUUGUUACAUUAACUUUAACUGUAACUCAUUUGAUCAGCUCUCAUUAUUUCUAUAUUUCUAACUAGCUUGUCCUCAGUGGCAAUUAGGGAAGGGGUUUUUUUGGUCACACGUACUACACAAAACAACAAAAAAGAACAAAAAAACAAACCCUGAGCUCAAAUGGCAGGUCUUCCACCUGAUAGCUAUAUGACUUGGAUCACACUAUUCAAAGUCUUCAUUUCCUCUUUGUAAAAGGGGAAUAUCAACAGUACUUAGCAUGUGUGUAGCGUAGAAUAAAGAUCAUGUUCAAAAUCCUUCACACGGCCCCCAGGGCAUUCCCUGACCUAGCUUCAGUGUGCCUGCCUCUCUAUUCUCAUUGCCCAUCAUUCAGUCCAUUGCUGUUCGGUGCUGAGACCUCCUGCCCUCAAACUUACCAGGGCCCUUCCUGCCUCGUGGCGGGCACCCAGGCUGUUCCCGACACUCGGAGCAAGUGCCACAACCUUUCCCUCCAACCAACCUGUCCCUCCACAGAGGCAGACAUCCUGCUUCAUGGAGGACUUCUCUCAUCCUUCCCUCCACAGAUGCUCUCAAAGCUGCCCUACCUGCCCGUCGCAGCACUCAUCCCGAUUGUAACUGUCCUGCCCCCUACACAGUCGCUUAUUUAGUGGCUAUCUCCCCAGCUACAUGGAAGCUCCAUGAAGGCAGGUCUGACCUCUGUGACUUAGUUACAGACACGCCCCUGCUCACCAGCACAGUAUCUGACUCAUGGUGAACACACAAAAAAUAGCGGGUACUUUUUAUAACUUCCUGUUACAUCAGGAAUGGAUUCACAUGCAACCAAUAUCUUAUUCGAGGAGUAGUAACUUACACUCAUUGGGAUUUAUUUUAUUUAUUUAUUUAUUUAUUUAUUUAUUUAUUUAUUUUUUACAAAAGAAGGAAGUUUAAGGCAGGCAGUCUAGGGUUUGCACAUCGAGUUGUCAGAUUUAGGGGGAAAAAACAACAAAAUUAGAGGACGCCCAGGUAAAUUUGAAUUUCAGGUAAACUGUAGCUCUUUAUCAAUAACUUUAGUAUAAAUAAAUCCCAGACACUAUAUAUGUAA